AUGUCUGAACAAUCAGAGAACUCAGCAAGUGAACCAAAGCCAGAUGUUAAACCAGAUGUUAAACCUAGCGAAACUCAUAUUAAUUUAAAGGUUUCAGAUGGGUCUUCUGAGAUUUUUUUCAAAAUUAAAAGAACUACACAGUUGAAAAGAUUAAUGGAAGCUUUUGCCAAGAGACAGGGCAAGGAUGUUUCUAGUUUGAAAUUUCUAUAUGAUGGUGUUAGAAUUAUGGCUGAUCAUACCCCUGAGGAUUUGGACAUGGAAGAUAAUGAUAUGAUUGAAGUUUAUAGAGAACAGUUGGGUGGUUGUUGUUGA